AUGACGCUGUGGAAUGGCUCCUUCCCCUUCUACCCUGGCACCAAUGCAUGCUUCCCCUUCGACACUGCCUGGGCUGUCAUCAUCUCCGUCUUCCUCUCCUUGUUGGCCACUUUCAUCAUAAUCCUGCCGGGGAUCCGGGGCAGGGGGCGACUCUUCUGGUUCCUGCGGGUGGUAACAGGCCUCUUCAUAGGAGCAGUGGUCCUCACCAUACAGUUCACCAGGGACUGGGAGACUGGCUGGGUGACAGCAAACACCUCCUACAAGUCCUUCAGCUAUGCCCUGGUGAACGCGGACAUUGGGCUGCACAUUGGCCUGACAGGAAUGAACAUCACACUAGUGGGAAACCCAGUGAAUCAGGUCAAUGAGACCAUCAACUACAAUGAGUACUUUGCCUGGAGCUUUGAUGCAGACUAUGACCACAGCUACAAUGACGGCCUGGAGAGGGGGCUGCCCAGCCCCAUCCUCUAUGUGGCAGAGAAGUUCACCACGCACAGCCCCUGCAGCAUGCACAGGCAGUACCGCAUCUCCGGCCACUACGCGUCCCUCACACUAUGGAUGGCUUUUUGCACCUGGCUCAUUUCCAUCCUGCUGUUCUCCAUGCCCAUCCUCCUCUAUGGUGGCUACAUGCUCCUGCUCACUGCUGCGCUGAUGCUCUUCUCACUGCUCUUCUUUUUCACUGUGAGGAACACACUCAAGUGCCCCAUCCAGUUUGGCCCAGCUUCCUUGAAAACGGACUAUGGUGGAUCCUUUUGGCUGACAUUAGCAACAGGGCUGCUGUGCCUGAUGCUGGGUCUGGGUGUCAUCAUCCUGAACUCCAUGCAGCCAGAGAAGCUGAAGCUUGUCUUUAACCUGGAUGAGCGAACGGGAGAAGAGGAGGUGUGGGACAAGUCCUACCUGCCAGCCCAGCCCAGCUCCUCUACGCAGGAUGUCCUUAUGGUCCCUUUGGAUGAGCUUUGCGAGGUGACAGCCACCGCACUGUAA